GGUGUUUGUUAUUUUGUAGUUUAUACGUCUAUAUGGAUUCUUUUCCAGCAGUGUGUUACUUAGCAUGACUAGUUUACUGUGUAGACAUAUGCUUACAGUUUUACUACCCCUCCCCCACUUUUCCGGCCAAGAGAAUGUUGAUAACUUUGCACUUAUUUUACUUCAUCGUAGUUUACUGUGAUUUAGUGUGAUGAAUUACAAUAUAGUACACCAUUAUGGUGCAUCCGAUCCAUCUUUGUUUGAUUGUAGUACUAUAUUUCUGAACUGUCAUAUCAUACAAUACAGAAUGCUGACUCUGAUAGGGAAUCCAUUUUCAAAAAAGCAAAGCAAAUUGGAAACAGCUUAUGAAGAAUUUGUUGGCAUAUCUAGUUGCUUAGAAUUAAAAUUCUCUUUCUAUCCAUCUAUGUAGUGAUUUCUGCGUGUCAUUGUAAUGUGAUUCUUUUCAUUGUUUACUUUGCUAGAAUAUUUAUACGCUUUUCACAAAUAAUUUAUGGUGGAAAUUGAACUCUGAUGGGGGUUAGAGAUUAGAUAAGAGGAAUAAAAUUUUUGGAGCAUGCUGUAUUUGAUCGGCAAGAUUUUUUAGCACAAUUUGAAAGGAAAAUAUAUUUGAGUUCAUUGAAGUCAGAUUCAUGACUUUUGAAAGGUGAUCCAUCUUGGUAAAAUUUGGAUUUUGUUAUAUUGCAUAACGUAGGUGGGAGUGGUACCAAAUGGAAAGACUAACUUUGAAUACGUUCUCUUCAAACGCAGUCACACAUACACUUAAAAUCAUAAUACUAUCCUUAACGUGUGAAAGUUUUUACAUAGAUCUUAAUGCUUCAUUUUGCAGUUGGUGGAUAGAUCUUACUCUGUUGAAUAGAUAUAUAGAUUGAACUUGAUAUACAGAUUGAACUGGAGUGAUGAUGUAAAAGGGGUUGCUAUUAUGGCUUUUUGUAACAUCUCAUAUCUAUUGGAAGCUGCAGUCUGCCUUAAUCGUGGGACCUACCGCUGUCUUUGAAUAUUAGUAAUUAUGUUCCUUGUCAUUAUUAGUUUCAUAGUCACUUAAAAGAGGUUGGGCUCACUAUGCUAAUUUUUCCUUUACCGUUAUGCUCCAUUGUACUUUCUAUUCCCAAAUUUAUGAUGGAUGCAACAUCUGGGGAAAUGAUCCACAUGACUGCUUGAGGUAUAGUGGGAUUGUCUGACCUAUUAGUUGCCAUAUUCUCAUUGGUCUACUUGAUGUGGCCGUUUCACCUCUAGAUUUUGGAAUUAUUACUCAUCUUUUAUACCUUAAAGGUUCCAGUAAGACUGUAUUUGCAGGGGUGAUCCUAUCAAGUCUGUGCAGAUAACCUCUCUUCUAUCACCUUCUGAAUGUUUUUUAAUGCCCAUAUGUGAAUCGAGGGGGGAUCGAAACGUACUCUUGAGAAGUUUGGAGAUUUAAAUGCAUGGGAUGAAUUGGAGAGUCCUGACUCAGAGAACCAGAUUGAGAGACGAAUGAGGAAAAGGAGAGAUGAUUUUGGUGAUGGGGAUAAGCAUCAAGAUGAUGUGGAAGACAUCAUUGACGGGCUAUUAUCUUAUAGGGAUGAUUCUGGCAGGGAUAGCAGGCAUAAAGAUGAGAAGCGGAAGGAUGAGAGAUACAGAGAAAAACAUCGGGAAGAUGUGGAUAAGGACAAUAAGCACCGAGAUGACAAGCAAAGAGAUGAGCGCCCUCCAAAAGAUUAUGCUAGCAGCAAGUCUGAUGAGAAGCAUUUAAAGGAUGAAAAGGAUUUGAUAGAAAUCCAACAGAAGAGAUCCAAGAUUCAAGAUGGUGAACGCAAAGUAGAUCAUGAUCGCGAUCGUGAUCGCAAUAGGGACCGUGACUCAUAUCAUGUCCGUGAUCGCGACCGCUACCAUGAUCGUGAACGUGAACAUGGGUGGGAUCAUGGUCGUGACCGUGAUUAUGAUCGUGAUUGGGAUUGGGACCGUGAGCGGGAGCGAGAUGGGGACCGCGAGCGAGACCGCAAUCAUGAUCGUGAUCGGGGCCGAGACCGUGAUAGAGAUGGUGAUCGAGAUCGCGAUAGGGAUUAUGACCGGGACUAUGACGGGUCACAUAUUGAUGAUCGCAGCACGAGAUACAAAGAUAGUAGCAGGGGAAAGAAAAGAUCUCCGGAUGAUCGUGAUGAUGGUAGUGAUAAAUCCAGAGGUAUGAAAGCUCGGUACUCUGACUUGGAAAAAAAGUCAUCCAUUGGUGAUAGAGUUGAGUCAGAUGCUAAUAAGGGAAGAUCUCAGUUGCGGCAAGCUUAUGUAGACACUAAAUUGAGUGUCAAUAAACGCAGGACUUCCCUCGUUUCUAUUUCACAUGGUGGCAUAGAUGAGUACAGGUAUCUAAAUUCAGAAGAUUUGAAAUAUAGGGAUUCUGGAGUAGAGCAUAGGUCCAAAGCAAUGCCUCCCAAAGAUGGUUCUGGUCCCACUGGAGUUUCAGAAAGAGGUUCCAAGUACAGAUCCAUGGAGAAACCCAAUAAAAUGGAUGAUGGCCAUUUCGGCGAGCUGUCAAAUGACAAGUCUUCAAGUUCCAAGGCUUCACCCCUGCCCUUGAUGGAAAGGUCUCCUUCAUCAUCAAGUAUUGACCGCAGGUACAUGAACAGAACUGGUGUCAGGCAGAGUCUUGACAUUGAAGAAACAGGUCGAAGAAGCAGUGCUUCAGUGGACAACAGAGAUUUCUCUAAUACUGAGGAUAGACUGGGUCGGGACCUGCCAUCAGAGAAGCCUUUGGCAGAUGAUUCAUCCCCAGCUGAUUCGUCAGCUAACAAUAGAAGUAAUCAGAGUAAUUUAUCUUCUUUGUAUCCCCCUCACCCCAAUUUUAGGGUCGGAGUUGACAGCCCUUUUAUUGGUUCAAUGGAAGAAGAAGGUAGAGGUAACUCCAGUUCACGUUACAGGAGGAGUAAUGAUCCCAAUUUGGUUCGAGGGCAUGGUAAUGCGUGGAGGGGUGUCCCAAGCUGGAAUUCACCUGUUCCAAAUGGCUUCAUGCAUUUCCAACAUGGGGCACCUCACGGUGGUUUUCAAGGGAUGCUACCACAGUUUCCAGCUCCAACAAUUUUUGGUGUUAGACCUUCAAUGGAUAUUAACCACUCUGGGAUGCCUUAUCAUAUGCCUGACGCUGAGAGAUUUUCCAAUCACUUGCGGCCACUUGGGUGGCAGAAUAUGAUGGAUGGUUCAGGUCCUUCUCACUUGCAUCUAUGGGAUGGGAGUAAUGGUGCCUUUAGGGAUGAGACUCACAUGUAUGGCGGUGCCGAAUGGGAUCAAAGCAGGCAUCCAAUGAAUGCUCGCGGAUGGGAAUCUGGUGGUGAGACAUGGAAAGUACAUAACAAUGAUGUGAAAAGGGACUUGCCUUCCCCAGCACAGAAAGAUGAUUAUCUUGUGCAGGCUGCCAUGGAUGAUGCUGUGGCUUGGAAGACAGGUCAGAUGUCUCUCCAUGAGGAUAACCUGGAUCCUGGAGUUUCGAAAACCGUUGAAAGAAGGUCCACUGUGACCUCUCCUUUAAAGGAGCCUAUGCCUAAAAGUAGUCACGAGAAGUCACCUGGCCGCUCUAAAUUUCAGAGUGAUGAUGUCCUCUCUUUAAGUCAUUAUUAUCUUUCCAAGCUUGACAUUUCAUCAGAACUUGCUCAUCCCGAGGUGUAUAGCCAGUGUAUGAGCAUACUGGAUAGUGAACGAAGUGCAACUGUUGAUGAAGAUGCUACUACACAUACAAUUUUGGAGGGUGUAAGAGCAGGAUUGAAAUCGUCCAGAACCUUAUUAAGUUCCUCACUUUUUCCUCCUUUGAAGGAUUUUGUCUUUCAGAAAGCGAUGAAUCUUUACAAGAAGCAGAGGAUGGAAACUAUAGGCUUCCCAAUUAUUGCUGGAGGAGCAUUGGAUAUUAUUUUAGCAUCUGAUCCGGAGAAUAUGGAAUCAAAAGACCGUUGUGGUGUGGAGAAAGUAGAGGGAGUAGUCCUGACUUCUGAUGCAGAAAUGGAAGGUGCUCGUGUCCUGACUUCUGAUGUAGGAAUGGCAGAUGCUCCUCUUGGCACUGCAUUGGGUGAUGGUGCUGAGAACCUGGAGGUACCAGUUUCAUCUCCGAAUCACGAGGUGCAGAACGACACAUGCGUCCCUUCUCCUAUUUUGGAAAUGGCAGCUGGAGAUAAUGGUGGAAGCAAAGCAGGAGAUCCCCAUACAAUUCCAAAUGGGGUGGAAAUAGAAUCCUCGGAGCAGGUGAAAUUAGAGGUCGGCGAUGCAAAUGGUUUCUCAUCACCUGGUAUCGAGUCUCUUGCUACCACCACUUUACCUGCAGCUGCCAACGACAAUGCGAUUAGCAAGACUAAAGAUGAUAAUCCAAUUGAUCAGGCUUCUACCGAAGGCGCGGCUGAUGCAGUAACUGGUCCUUUAAUAAUACCCGAGGGUUCCCAAAAGGCUUGUGAGGCUUUGAUGCCGGGGUCUAAUGAGUCUGAUUCGGUAAUUUUAAGUCGGAUACAUCAUUCUCCUGAAAGUACACAUUGAACAAUUUCUUCUAUAUCCAUGUUUUUUACGGUUCCUUUUAUUGCAUUUCAGUUAAUCAUGCUCAUCUUAUUUUCUGUGGCUUCUCACUUCAGCAAGGAAAUAAAAUCAAAAUUUCGGUUUUCCGGCU